UUGAAGAUUUUUACAACACGUGCUCCAUGUCCAGCUUAGUCACUCAUUUUGAUCGUCACGUUACGAAUAAGGGUUGCGAGGGGAAAAUCUGAACGAGGCCCAUGCCGACGGUGAUUGAUUCCACCCCCUGAAGCUCCGGUCAACCUGCAAGGAUUUAUUGGGAGGCGCCACCGCCAUGCUAAAGACGGGGGAGCAAGUAGGGAAAUUGCAGGGAACGGGGAUAUUAUUCAUAGAACUGGGAACUGUCAUUGGGUCUUCGCAGCUAAACCCGGAACGGUCCAAAUGCCCACCCGUCUUGGUUGUUGCUCCGCUUUUUUAUUCCCCUCCCCUCCAUCAAGCCUCGUUUCUACGUAGUGGGUUUGAUCGAUCUCCACGUUUUCGUUGGUUACGCCCUCGCUUGGCCACUCCCGCACGAAAGCGGCCGCCAUAUGUUGCUUCAUCUUGGCUAAACAGUGCCGCAUUUCUGAUUCGGUUGUUGCAACCCUCGGGCGUUGACGUUGGAGCCGUCUUCGGACUUGAUAGGUGUUUCUUUGAUUUCCCUGAGUUUAGAGGUGCGCAGUCAAGAUUUUCUCCGCAGAGGUUGUUUCACAAAAUACUUCCUUGAUUGAGACCUAUUCUUUGUUGCGAGGAUAUAUUUUUGCUGUUUUGAGGCUGCCACAAGGAAAUACUAGGCAGUCGUCUUGAUCUUGAAAAACUGAAGAAAUGAUAGCAGCUUCAGUUGCUUCGGGCAUCUGCAACUUGGCUCCAACUUCGCUCCAUCUAUCUAACUGCCGUGAGCGAGAUCUAAAGAAAUCCAGUGUUCGUCGACAUGGUUUUCUUAAUUGGAUGCCCAAGAAAAGGAGGAUUUUUGAUGCAAUAACAUUCAAGUUGCAUCACUUGGAGCAAUCAGCGUUCAGUGUUAUUGAGUUUACCAAUCGAAGAUCACCAAAAGCAGCUGGUGUGAAGUUAAGUGGUGGGAAUACUGGCUGUAUAAAGGAGAAUGCUUCAUCACAGUGUGUGUCAACUUUGGGGCAGUUGAGACAAAUUUCGAUUGUCAAGAAUUUCCAUAGAAGACCUUCUAUGAGGAAGGUUAGGAAAAGUAUGAACAGUCCCGUAGUUAUUCCACCCGGUUCUAGAGCAGUUGGGUCCUGUAAUUUGUCGACUCUUUUUGAGAAAACUGUGAAGCAGAAGUUGCAUCAUAGACAGUCGGAAUUAUCAGAGAAUCGGCGCAUGGAUUUGGACACUACACAGGAUACGAGGAAGCAGAGUCACAGGGCGUUUCUUGCAGCAUUGGGAGCAGCAGGUUAUGUUGUUUUGUCGCUCAAAUCUUCAGCAUCUGCUGCCGAGCUUCUCAGAGUUAAUUUUUCGGAUCCCGUCGCAUCCACAGCGGUCCUGGAAGUGCAGUUUACAGGAAGCAUGCUGAGGCAGCUUGAGGGGGAGAUACAAACACAGCGGCAGUUAUGGAGGAUUACAAGUGUUAGCGCAACUGCUCCGCCAGUAGGUCAAAGUCAACAAUCUCAGAGCAUUGACCCAGUAUCAGUGCAAGAAUCCAGGAAUGCGGUUCCUGAAUUGAUGGAGAAUUCAGAAGAUCCGUUUCAGGCUUGGUUAAAAAUACAACAAGAAUUAGAGCUUGAGGGAGAGAUUUCGGCUGUGCCUUUAACUCGACCAGUGGCCCCUCCGUCGCCGGUAAAGAAGGUCGUAGCUGCGUCAGUGGCUGUAGCGGUGGCUGGGGCAGCGUCUACGGCAGGUCGAGCGGUUGCUUCGACUGGGGGUUCUGCUGUAGUAACAUCCUUGACAGUGUUGCAGCAGUCUCCUCUUUCUGUCUCAAGAUUUCUGGCUAGAGUAGCUCAACACUUGGGAGGUGGAAGUGUGGCUGGUGCAGUUGGGGCAACGGUUGUAUAUCCCUUAGACACCAUCAAGACUCGAAUGCAAGCUCAGAACCUGGAUGGUGAUGAGCCCCAGUAUAAAGAUGAGAUUGAUUGCUUCAAGCAGCUAGUUACCAAGGAAGGACCGGCGUCUCUCUACAGCGGUCUGGUGCCACAGCUUCUCGGCAUAGCUCCUGAGAAGGCUAUGAAGCUGACAGUGAACGAGAUAUUGUUGAGUAAUCUUGAAACAAUGAUGCCUGGUUCACGACUAUGGGCACUAGAAUUUAUUGCUGGAGGGGGUGGAGGUGCUUCUCAGGUGGUAUUCACGAACCCAAUGGAGAUAGUGAAAGUGCGGCUUCAGACUCAGAAAGAGGGUGCACCCAAGAAAACCUUCUGGACCAUAGUGAAAGAGCUCGGAGUCGCAGGACUUUAUGAAGGGGCAGGUGUCACCCUAGCUCGUGAUGUUCCAAGUUCAGCCAUCUUCUUUGCUAUUUACACUCUGUUACGUCAACUCUAUCCUGAUCAAAGCUUCCUCGCCGGAGCUAUCGCUGCUAUACCUGCCACCAUCUUGGUCACUCCAAUGGACAUCAUAAAGACGAGACUUCAGAAAGAACCUGCGCCGGGAGAGCAGCAAUACACAGACUGGUGGGAAUGCUUGCAAGAUAUUGUAAAUAAAGAGGGGCCGCAAGCCCUUUUCAAAGGCAGUCUCCUGCGUGUUUUACGAACUAGUCCCCAAUUUGGCAUUACACUGAUGCUGUAUGGGAUUCUGUGCGAAGGUUCAUAAGCCCAUGGAGUUUGGCUUAUUCGAAGCAGGUAGUUAAAUUGGUGUCCUCAUUCAUUCUUUGGUGAAGGUUGUGUGUAUUCAGGCUCUGUGAUUGGAGCUCUGAAUCGAGUGUUCACAGCUGCUUACAGUCAUCGGGUAUGUAUAUAUUUAUACAUAUAUUUAUAGAGAGAGAGAGAGACCAAGCUCUCCUGUGCCAUAUGGAGAGGAUGCGUCUAUUACAUUGAAAUCAUUUGAAAAAUAUUGAAGGAUUCUUUGAGUAGGCAGUGGCCCUUGAUGGUGUACGAUACCUCAAUUCUUUUGUAAAUUAUUUCUCCAUUUUGGAAAAAAAUUGUAAGUUUUUACUGGUUUAAUUCUCAUUUUUA